AUGCCCGACGACUGGAAGGCCGCCCUUGGUUUUAGCGACAGACUGACAACAAUCCAAGCAAUCACAUCCGCCUAUCGCCAUGCGUCGCCCUCUGCAAGCUUUGCCGAAGCUCAGUCGCAUGCUACCCGUUAUGAGGGCGAAGCCUACAACAAAGCUGUCUCAAAGCUAGAGUACGAUUCUCUAUGUCAACAAGCAAUCGACGAAAGCGAGGCCCAGUAUUCGGCUGCGCCAGUAAUCGGUAGCCCCAAAGCCCGAUCAGACGAAGAAGAUGAAUUCAAUGUGAAUGAUACCAUUGUAAUUGGUGCAUAUAAGCGCUGUAUACACCACUUUGAUGGCUUGAUGUCUACUAUUUACCGCUCUCGGUCUGCCGAUGGCACCCUGGUCGCCCUAAAAGUCACGACUCCUCAUAUGAUGGGUCCUCCACAUGACUCUAAACGAGAAGCACGUCUUUUGCGACAGGCAAAAAAUAGAUAUGUUAUCCCCCUGCUCGAGACCUUUGACUUGGUGGGUGGUCGGUUUAUAUUAGUUUUCCCUUAUAUGAGAUACAACUUUGAAGAGCUGCUUCGUCAGGAUAUCCUGACGCCCUCUCAAAUCAAGUCUCAUUUGAGGGAUUUAUUCAACGGGUUGGCACAUGUGCACCAGCUCGGUAUUAUCCAUAGGGAUGUUAAGCCCUCGAACAUUCUGUUGGCAACCCCGGCAGGACCAGCAUAUAUAUCUGACUUUGGCAUCUCAUGGAUGGAAGGUGAUUCGGGCUCAGAACCAGCAACACAAAAGAUCAACGAUGUCGGCACCACCUGCUACCGGCCGCCUGAAGUUCUGUUUGGCUCGAAAGAUUAUAACACAAGCUUGGAUUUGUGGGCUGCUGGCUGCGUAGUAGCAGAAGCAGUGGGUGUGCAUCAUCGCCAGCUUUUCGACUCGGGAGACCUUGGUAGUGACCUUGCUCUCAUUCGAUCGAUAUUUACUACUUUGGGGACUCCAAACACUGGGGUGUGGCCGGAAUCGGCAAGGCUUCCAGACUGGGGCAAAUUUGAGUUUUAUAAAUAUCCCGCUAAGCCGUGGGAGGAAAUCCUCCAGGGAGCGUCGUCUCAAGGCCGCGACUUGGUCAGCAAGCUGAUAUGUUAUGAGAGCUCCUCAAGACUGACGGCCACACAGGCUUUGGAUCACCCUUUCCUAUCGUUGCAAUAG